GGCAAGCUGUGGAGUCGAAGCUUGAAGUUAGCAUAUACCCUGCUAAACAAACUAACCACCAAGAACGAACCACUGCUGAAGCCUGGAGACCGGGUAGCUCUUGUAUUUCCUAAUAGUGAUCCAGUUAUGUUUAUGGUGGCAUUUUAUGGAUGUCUCCUGGCGGAACUUAUUCCUGUCCCAAUAGAAGUUCCACUAACAAGAAAGGAUGCUGGCAGCCAGCAAGUUGGAUUUCUUUUGGGCAGCUGUGGAGUAACACUAGCUUUAACCACUGAUGCCUGUCAAAAAGGCCUUCCUAAAGCUCAGACUGGCGAGGUGGUCACAUUCAAAGGCUGGCCUCGUCUCAUUUGGUUUGUGAUUGAUGGGAAGCAUCUGGCAAAACCGACGAAGGACUGGCAUCCGCAAGUACGGGAUGCCAGUGCUGAGAUUGCUUACAUUGAGUACAAAACAAGUAAGGAGGGCAGCACAGUGGGCAUUACUAUAUCUCAUGCUUCCAUGCUGGCACACUGUCAUGCAUUGACUCAGGCAUGUGGUUAUUCAGAAGCUGAAACACUAACAAAUGUCUUGGAUUUCAAAAGAGAUGCUGGCCUUUGGCAUGGCGUAUUAACAAGUGUUAUGAACAGGAUGCAUGUCAUCAGUAUUCCCUAUGCAUUAAUGAAGGUUAAUCCACUUUCCUGGAUACAGAAAGUCUGCUCAUACAAAGCCCGUGUAGCGGUAGUAAAAUCACGUGAUAUGCACUGGUCACUUUUGGCUCAGAGGGAUCAGAGAGAUGUCAGUCUGAGCUCUUUACGAAUGUUAAUAGUGGCAGAUGGAGCUAAUCCAUGGUCAAUAUCUUCCUGUGAUGCAUUCCUGAAUGUAUUUCAGUCCAGAGGUUUGAGACCAGAAGUAAUCUGUCCCUGUGCUAGUUCUUCGGAGGCACUAACUGUUGCCAUUCGCAGACCCCCAGAAUUGGGUGGGCCUCCUCCAGGAAAAGCGGUGUUAUCUAUGAAUUGUCUGAGUUUCAGCGUGAUAAGAGUGGAUACAGAAGAGAAGUUGUCAGUGUUAACUGUCCAGGAUGUUGGUCAGAUUAUGCCUGGAGACUGGCUGACCAGGAAGAACAAGUGCAUGAGGCCUUCUGCAGACAACUAG